GGAAUAUUUUUUUAUAUUCCAAUUUGAAGAUAUCUGAUCUUAAAUAGGAGAUAAAAAAAUGGUCAGAAUUCUCCGAGGAAAAAUGGAGAAGCGGGGCGGUUAAUUUCCUGAAAAAGAUGUGGGACCGUAUGGCCUUCCGAAUCAACCAAAGAGGAUUAACAAAAUUAAAGUAAAUGCUGCAGAUUUCAGCUUUAUAAACACAUUGUAUCGUAAAAAAGGAAGAUUUUUUGUUGGAAUAAUGAAAUUGAAUAAGCGUUUUUCAUAAAAGUUUAUUGGAUUUCGUUUCAUUAUGUUUUGAUAUGAAGGAUAAAUUUCUUUUCUACGUAGAUAUAAAUGGAAAUUGACAAUUAGGUCAAUUUUGUAAUUAAAACUAAUUUACUGAUACAACUGAUUUCUCCUUUGAUUUGAUCAAAUUUCGUGCCUAUUUGAGCAUAUUUGGAUUUGAUCUAAAGAAGAUUCUAGGCAGGGUUAAAGCAUCUCAUAUUUCUGAUGAAAUAUGCAUUAUCCAAAUCAUCCAAAUUGUAAUCAUAUGGCAUUUUAGAAAAGAAAAAUGAUUUUUUAGUAAUUUCGUAAUCCAAUUAUGUUUGUUUUGAUCACAAACCUCUAUACUAUAUUUACAGAUGAGUGCAAUGAAUAUUUAUUGCACUAGUGCAAUAGAGAUCUAAAAAAUGUAUAAUAUAUUUUAUAAGGAAUCAAUAAAAGCGUUUCUUAUAGAGGGAAAUCAAACUUAUGUAUAACGAUAAAAUUUUCGCUAGUAGAAAAAUUAUUGUACGCAAUUCGACUAUAGAUUAACACAGUUUUGUCCAGUGAGAAGUACUUUCAGAAACUGUAAGUUCACCUUACUUAUAUUGUUCUCCAAGUUAUCUAAACUUAGUGAAUUACACAUCAUAAACACAGUCAAUUCGAUUAGUACUUCACCUAUAAAAGCAGCAAACCAAUUUCGCAUGCUACUAUUUACAAAUAGCGGCCAGGGCCAUAUUCCAAAUUCCGGCCAAAUAAAAUCAAAUUUCAAUGAUGUCUUCAAUCAAUAAUACACAGUCAGACACUCCUACAACAGUCAUCAAAAGCUAUUCAUCAGCAGUUAACCAAGCUGUUUUUCCAAGCAAACAACAAGCAAUCGUUUUUUCCGCUAUCAACAAUGCCAAAUUACAGGACUACCUUAUCCCAUUAGGAUCAAUCAUUCAACCAAAAAAUAUUAUUUUUUUAUCAAGGCUUUCGAACAAUCGUGUCUGUAUGUACUUGGCAAACAAAUCAGUUGUUGACAACUUCAUGAACAAUUAUGGCUCCAUAACCGUCAACGGCGAAAAACUAGUAGCUCGUCGACUCAUAACUCCGGCUGAUAGAAUCAUACUUUCCAAUGUAAGUCCAACCAUCCCUCAUCAACUGCUAACAGAUGAAAUAUUAAAAUUAGGUCUAAAUCCAGUUUCUCCCAUGACGUUUCUAAAAAUCGGUGCAACAUUACCUGAGUAUAGUCACAUCCUAAGCUUCAGAAGACAGAUUUACGUAAGCCCCUAUACGCAACAGCUUCCAGACUCCAUACUGAUUGAAUUCGAACAAACCAGCUACCGAGUAUUCCUCCAAAAAGAUGGACUAACAUGCUACAAAUGCAAAGCUGAUGGUCAUAUAGCCUCACAAUGUAUCAAUAACUCCAGCCAAUCAGAACCUAAUACAUAUAGUUCAACAUCAAAUAUUCAACCGCUUUCGACUUCCCAAACUCUUCUUACAACCCAAAUCCAAACUCUUCCACCAUCUUCGUCAACAAAUAACAUCAAUACACAAAAAUUGACUUCUUAUCCAACAACAGAAGACUCUUCACUUAAUCAAGAGACGCCCGCAACUUCAACGAAUAUGGAAGCAGAAACGGAUGCAACAGAUAUUCCCAAAAUCACAAACAAAAGGCCUAUGGAAGACACCCCCACACUCGAUAGCGAUAAUAACAUAACGCCCGAAAAAUUAUUCCCUAAGCCAAAACCAAUACUAAAAAAGAAUAAAUCGAGCAAGAAACAAUCAACAAUAUCCUGCAAAGAGUUCAUCGAAAAUCAUUCGCCACCUUUCAUUCUGGACUACGACCAAUUAAUUGUUCUACUAGAUAAUGUAACCGGCUCACUCCAACCUGUAAAUAUAGCUCUAGAUUUCACUUCUGACCUCCUUGCGCUUACUACUAUGUUAUCCGAAGUAUAUACCUACAUAAAUGACAAGACAACAAAAAUGAGAAUCACCAAACUUAAAAAAAAGAUAUUUACUCAUCUUGGCCAAGACUUAAUUGACUCUGAAUCUGAUUCAUCUACUAACAACUGAUUUGUCACACAUAACCCUCUCAAAUUAGUCCAAAAUUCAACUCAAUUCUUCAAUGGAACAUAGAUGGUUUCUACCAUCGACUUGGUAUGCUACAAGUUAUUAUUAAAGAAUACUCCCCGGAUAUCAUAUGCCUUCAAGAAUCCAAUCUUAAACCAGAUAGCAGCUAUUCAAACAGUCAAUUUCAAUUCUUCUCCAAAACUCGUAAUAAUACCAAACGUGCUAGUGGAGGAGUGGUAACUUUAAUAAGCAAAUCUUUACAAGCAGGUCACUUCCAUGUAAACUCAGAUAUCGAAGCCCUUGUAGUAAAACUCACCAGCCAUAAAACCUCUUACAUCUGUAAUAUAUACAUUGCUCCCGACUCCACAAUAGAAUACAAAGACUUAGAAAACUUACUAAAUCAGAUACCAAGUCCAAGAAUCAUUAUUGGAGAUUUUAAUGCACAUAACAUAACCUGGGGCAGUAAAUCGACAAACUCAAGAGGUCACAUACUAGAGAAACUCAUUGCCGACAUUCCACUGAAUUUUCUGAAUGAUGGAAGCCAUACUAGGUUCAACAUAUCCACCGGAGAAACUUCUGCUAUCGAUUUAAGUCUCUGCGACCCAGCACUUUCUGCCAAUCUAUCAUGGGAGGCUCUCUCGUACUCCUAUGGAAGCGAUCACUUUCCAAUUAUUAUCGAAAAUCGCACCUCUCCAGGAAAAUGUUCACCAAAAUACUCACCUAAAUGGAGAAUAAAUUCUGCAGAUGGGACAUCCUUCAGUAACCAGAUUGAGCUAAACAUGGAUAGCUGCGAUAAUACCAAUGAUGUCCAGAAAUGUGUAUUGAACUUCAAUAAAAUCAUCUUGGACAGUGCCAGCCAGCACAUUGGCCAAACAAAAGAUAUAAAAGGCCAUACUCCAGUCCCCUGGUGGAAUCAAGAUUGCAAAAAAGCUAUCAGGGAAGCAAAAGCAGCGUUGAACAAGUACAGGAAACACAAAACUCUCCAAAAUCGCGUAGAGUUGAAAAAAUACAAAGCAAAGGCACAACUUGUGAUCAAACAAUCCAAGAAAAAAUUUUGGCAGGAAUAUGUUUCUGGAAUAAACUCCUCCACUCCAAUAAAUCAAGUCUGGACCAAAAUAAGAAAAAUGAAUGGACAUAGUUCAAAAAGCACUAUCCGUAGCAUUAAACACAAUGACCGGUACUACUCAUCCACAAUAGAUAUAGCCAAUAUUUUGGGCCAAUCCUACCAACAACAAUCGUCAACCUCAAAUUUCACACGCGACUUUCUCAAUAACAAGGCUCAAAUCGAACAAACUCCCAUCAGUUUUGAAGAUACACUGGAUAACCCUUUAAACCUUCCUAUUACUAUAGAAGAACUUGACAGCUCCUUAAAAAAAAUGAAAAAUUCGAGCCCAGGUCCAGACAAUAUUCCAGUCAUAUUCCUCAAAUAUCUACCACCUUCAGCAAAACGGCAUCUACUGAAGCUUUUCAACAAGAUAUGGGAAGAUAAAGUAUUCCCUUCUUUAUGGUCUGAAGCUAUUAUUCUACCAUUUUUGAAAUCUAAAAAGCCCAAACAAGAAGCCAACUCGUACAGACCUAUAUCACUAACAUGCUCAAUGGGAAAACUGCUAGAGAAAAAUGUCAACCAAAGACUCAUGUGGCAUCUCGAAACUUCUAACCUCCUAAUCAACGAACAAACUGGUUUUAGACCAAACUGCUCAACUCUUAACAAUAUUGUGGAUUUGGAAAGUGAGAUCAACGAGGCUUUUGCCACCAAACAGGUAUGCGUAGCCAUUUUCUUCGAUAUCUCAAAAGCAUUUGAUACCUGUUGGACUCCAAACAUUCUGAUGCAACUACGAAGAUGGAAUAUCACAGGAAAUUGCCUAGCUUUCAUCAACAACUUCCUUGCCAACAGAACAUUCAAGGUUCGGGUUGACAACGUACUAUCUGAUGCUUACCGCCAAGCAAAUGGAACCCCACAAGGCUCAGUUAUCAGCCCUACUUUAUUUCUGAUUGCCAUCAACAACAUACUCAAUAAUCUGAAAAAACCAUUGAAAGCAAGAGUCUUCGCAGGUGACCUAGUAGUUUACAUAAAAGGAAAAAAUAUAAAUACAAUAUCUCUAUUUAUUCAACAAUUCAUCACAAAUCUGGAACUAUGGUCACGUCAAUCCGGCAUCAGGUUCUCUGUUACCAAAACAACAGGUGUGGUAUUCAGCAGAAAUCGUUCAUAUACUAUCCCAAAAUUGAAACUUUAUAACCAAAAUAUCAACUUUAAAUCAUCAGCUAAAUUUCUAGGAAUGAUCUUUGACCAUAAGCUUACCUGGAAAGAUCACAUAGAGAAGUUAGUCCAAACAUGUAUGAAGCGGCUUAAUAUAAUGAAAAGUCUAGGAAAUAUAAAUUGGGGAUCUGACCAAACAACGCUACUACUUAUAUAUAAAACGCUGGUCUAAAAUAGACUACGGCUCCAUAGCUUACGCAUCUGCCAGAAAAACUGUACUUCGCAAACUCGAUGUUAUCCAUAAUACAGCAUUAAAAACAGCUUCAGGCUCGUUUACAACAUCCCCUAAUACCAGCAUUCGAAGUCUUCUUGGUGAACCAUCAUUAAACUACAGACGCUCUAUAUUGAGCUUGAAUUACGCGGCUGCUAUAUCCACUAAUGCUGGAAAACCAGUUUACAAUAAGACAUUCAACAACAUAUAUAGAGAUCUUUUUGAUAAAAAACCGCACCUAUCAAAGCCAUUCUAUGCCAGAGUUAGAGAUCUUCUUCAGAAAUUUAACCUAGAGCUCCCAACAAUGUUUCCAUCCACUGUCGAACAUCCAGCUCCGUGGACAAUCUCUACCCCUCGCUGCCAUACUAACUUGACCGGGUGUGAUAGGGAUACAAAUCGCCAUGAAAUCCUUGCAGAACUCAACAGGAUACUGCAUAACUACAUUGACUUCAACAUAGUCUACACGGAUGCUUCGAAAUCGGAGGCAGGAGUGGGUGCUGCAGUAGUGACCGCAACUGAAUCUUACAGCAUAAAAUUCUCCCCUCACACAAGCAUAUUUACGGCAGAACUCUAUGCUAUCUUUCAUGCCCUCAAAGUAACUACCUCCUUCCCAAAUCCCAAAACCCUAAUUUUAACUGACUCCUUAAGUAGCAUUCAAUCCUUGAAACAUCUCUAUCCCAAGCAUCCAAUAUUACAAUCAAUCAAAUCACUGCUUCACAAUAUCCAGAACGACAAGAAAUCUGUCGAUUUCAUUUGGAUUCCUGCUCACAUUGGCAUCAGAGGCAACGAAAAAGCGGACCUAUGUGCGCGUAACGCAAUCGUAAACGUUAAUGCUGAACUCAUAACAAAGUGCGUGGUGAGUGACGUGAAAACACUUAUUCGGGAAAAAGUUCACAACCACUGGCAACAAGACUGGCAGCGAUCGCAAGACAAACUUCGCGAAUUCAAAUCAACAGUGACACUGUGGAAGCAUCCAAAAAUAUCACGCAGAGCACAAGUGACUAUUACUAGACUUAGAAUAGGGCAUUGCAAAUUUACGCACACUUAUCUUUUCAAUAAUGACAAUGCUCCUAUAUGUGAUUCAUGUCAAGAACACUUAACAGUGAAACAUGUCCUGAUCAAUUGCACUAAGUUCGACACGAGAGAAGCUGUGACAAUAAGAAGACUUCGCAUCAACCAUACGAAACUUACUCACGGCUAUUUGAUGUCGUCAGAAAGUCGUCCUGUCUGCCGAACUUGUCAAGUUCCUGUGACUGUUAAGCACAUCCUCACCGACUGCAGAGAAUAUUCCACCGCAUAUCAACAUAUCAAGAUAUGA